CCAAAACACAAUCAAUCAUUUGACGCAGCCAUAAACCAAAUUCCAAUCCCAACUCUAUUCCCUUCAUGGCUGAGAGCAGCCAGAGCAAAGCAUUUUCCUCUCUCUCCUGCCUUCUCAAUAGGACUUGUACCUGAAAAGACUGAGUCGUUCUUUUCAUAAGUUUGAACCACAAUUCAAACCCUUUUACUACAAGUGCGUUCUCAUGAAAAAUUUAAAUGCCAUUUCAAAUUUUUCUGUUCAAACCUGCGAAAAGGACGACCUUAAGGUAUAUGUAUCUAUUUCAUUAAAAAAGAAAGGUCUCUAAGAUCCACAAGUCAAUGGGAACUCCAAUAAAAAAUCAGAUGUCUCGUUUCUUCUUCCCAUUAAAAUUAGCAUAACAGGUCGAGGCUUACCUGUUAGUGAAAAUAAGCUUAUUUGUAUUGUAAAAAUGUUACUUUUUGUUUCUUCUAUGUGAAAAACCAUAAACAAGAAAGAUCAGAGAGAACCAAGACAUAAGCAGGAGUUGUAUGUUAAUUCAUAGUCAAAGCCUACAUUCCUUCGCUCUUUGAUCGGUUGGAUUUCCAUCAACAUGAUGAACCGUCACAGUAUUGUAUCUGUGACACAAAGUGAGCCUUCAAAAGGGGUUCCACAGCCAUAUUGUAUACCAGUACAUGACUUUUUGAGUAUUGGAUCAGAAGGGAAGAGUUUGCUGGUCGGAGAAUGUUCAUCUCCGCACCCCUCGCCUUUCAUACGGACAGAGUCUCUUGGUUCUCCUUUCAUUGGAGCAGCUUCUACGCAUCCUCCUAAGUUCUACUACGGGUCCGAGUUGAACAGUCCUGCAUCUCCUGGUUCUCAUACUCAUCAUGCUAAGAAUGCGUUUUCGCGCUCUUCUGUAUUCUGUACCAGCUUAUACCAGUCAUCUUCGUCAAGUUCAGAAACCCAUCGGCAGCUUGGGAAUUUGCCAUUCCUUCCACCUCCAACAUGCAACCAGUCUAGUUCUGCGGUUGAUACCAAAUCUCCACUGAUUUUUAGUGGGGAUAUAACCAAUAACGAAUAUGGCAACGACGAAUCGGAGGAUCUCCUGAAGGACUUUCUUAACUUACCAGGGGAUGCAUCGCAGAACAGGUUUCACAGUCUGACCUGUGCAAGUGACAGUCUAGCACUCACUGAGCAACUGGAGCUGCACUACUUAUCAGAUGACCUUGAUAUAGCCAUCACUGACCAUGGAGAAACUCCCGGAGUUGAUGAAAUAUAUGAAACGCCCCAAGCUCCGUUAAAACCUUCCAUAGAAUUGAUGUGCAACCAGAGUCAUCGCUCUGCAGCACCACCGCCAAUUGAUUCUCUAUCAAUCCAUCCAUCUCCGGGGCCUGCCGCUGCGCAUAAGCCACGGAUGCGUUGGACUCCCGAGCUCCAUGAGCGAUUUAUAGAGGCUGUCCGCAAGCUUUAUGGAGCUGAAAAGGCCACUCCAAAGGGCGUACUAAAGCUUAUGAAGGUUGAGGGUCUAACCAUUUAUCACGUGAAAAGCCAUUUACAGAAAUACCGACUUGCCAAGUAUAUGCCAGAGAAAAAGGAAGAGAAGAAGCCUUCUAGCCCUGAAGAAAAGAAAACAGUCUCAAUCAACAACGAAAGUGAUGGACGUAGAAAAGGGAGCGUCCAAAUCACUGAAGCUCUUAGAAUGCAAAUGGAAGUUCAGAAACAAUUGCAUGAACAGCUUGAGGUCCAAAGGGCGCUUCAGUUGCGCAUAGAGGAGCAUGCAAAAUACUUGCAAAAGAUCCUAGAGGAACAACAGAAAGCUGGAAGUGCUUUGGCUUCUUCCCAAGCCUUGUCAUCAGUGACUAGUCCCUGCAGCCAAGACUCGGAACGACAACCUCCACCAUCAGUUCUUAAGUCGCCGCCGCAGCUGGCGGAGUCUAAAUCCGACUCUUCAUUGUCGUCUCUACCGUCGAAGUCGAAAGCGGGAGAAAGUGGUAGAGAUUGUGAGCCGGAAGAAAGCAACAAACGUUUGCGUCUUGAUGAGGAGGAAAAAUGUGCAGGUGACGAGACUGUUGUUGAAAAUGCUGAUCAGCAAUGACAAAUUGUUUGCAUCAAUUGUAACCUCCGUGAGAUUUUGUUCAUCAGAUUUAAGUAAAAUUUGUAUAGCUCUUGUUAGUAAUUUGGUCGAUUUGUAUCUAGUUUGACUCUCUGCAAUUUGAAUGAAAGAAAUGAACGACAGCU